AUGCGGACGUCUCGGGCUUCCAAGGAGACUGCAAAAGUUCUCCAGACGUUGUCGCCCCCUGCGCGACGCCAGACUCGCAGUGCAGCUCUCAGCACUGGCGCGCUCAGGAGUUUCGCCUACAAUGGCGAUUCAGCUGUGAAGAGCGAGUUGAUCCCGACCAUUGCUACAAUCCCUGCUACAAGAAGCGAUGACGAGUCCUCUCUUUCGUCUGCCAAUACUGCUGACAUUGAAGAUCUCGUCGAUGACUUCGAACCUCCUUCCAAGCGUCGGAAACGCAACACCAGCCCCAAGGUCCUGUCAGCCUCCAAUCGCACUCCUCGCAAGCCUCUCGUGAAAAAGGAAGAUGUCAAUGAGAAAACAACUCCACCAUCCAAAGCCCGACGCAUGCCUGCUCGCAAGACUCGCGAUGCCGAUGGAGCAAUUGUCGUCGAACCGCCGUCCAACUGGGAAACUAUGUAUAAUAUUGUGAAGAAGAUGCGUCAGGACAAUCCAACGGCACCGGUGGAUACGAUGGGCUGUUCGGAAUUAUACUGGCGCCAAUCUUCUCCCCGGGACCGUCGCUUCCAGACACUCAUAGCAUUAAUGCUGUCGUCCCAAACCAAGGACACCGUGACAGCCGUCGCAAUGCAACGACUACACACCGAGCUCCGCGACGAACAACCAGACCGCGUGAACACCGUCAAGAAAGAAGACCCAGAACACACCGACGAGAUCAAGAUCAAGCCCGAUCCCGACGAUCCCUCAACCUCUCUCUCCCUCCCAUUGCAAGACAGCACCCUCAACCUGGAAAACAUCCUCGCCGUUUCCCCAACCCACCUCAACUCCCUCAUCGAGAAAGUCGGCUUCCAUAACAACAAGACAAAAUACAUCAAAGCCGCCGCCCUUAUCCUCCGCGACGAGUACGCCGGCGACAUCCCCUCCACACCCGAAGGCCUCAUGAAACUCCCCGGCGUCGGUCCCAAAAUGGCCUAUCUCUGCAUGAGCGCAGCAUGGGGCAAACACGAGGGUAUCGGUGUCGACGUGCACGUCCAUCGCAUCACCAAUUUAUGGGGGUGGCAUAAGACCAAGACGCCAGAGGAAACCAGAUUGGCACUGCAGUCGUGGCUGCCGAGGGAUAAGUGGCAUGAGAUUAAUAAAUUGUUGGUUGGGUUGGGGCAGACGGCUUGUCAGCCGGUGAAGAGGAGGUGUGGAGAGUGUUAUUUGGCUGGGACGAAGCUUUGUAAAAGUGAGAUUAAGGGGUUGAGUCCUGUCAAGAGGGAGGCAUUGGUGAAGGGGAGUCCUGGGCUUGAUGAGCCGAAGAUUAAGAUUGGGUCGUUGUAA